AUGAAUUCUACAAGUGAAACUCAACCUUCAAACACAGCAGUGGUUGUCUUACGGACGAUAUUCAUCGCUUCUAAUGGUUUAGCAAUCGUCAUCGCCAACACUCUGAAUAUAGUCGUAGUUGGACGGGCACGGAUCGGCUCUGAGCCCGCACGAGUUUUCAUCGUGUCCCUCGCCUUGGCUGAUAUCCUCGUGGGUGCUUUGGCGUUCACUAGCACCCUGCCGUCUGGUUAUGACGGGUUCCCGUUUAGCGAUGCCUUGUGCCGAAUAACAGGGUCGGUAUUCGCAGUUGGGCUGCUGCUUAGCGUCUUCUUCUUGGUCAAUAUAAGUGUGGAUCGCUUCGUUGCUAUAACCAUACCACUAAGGUACGAGGUUCUCAUAACACGCAAACGAGCAAUCAUAACAGUGUGUGUUGCAUGGGUCGCCAUUUCUGGUAUUAUCUUGGUAACUACUUUACUUACGGACGUUAUGAAGUACAACCAUGCUACAUUCUUCUGUGAGCCUUCUUUUGAAGAUCCAAGUUUUCCUCUGUCUUUGUUUAUAUUGAUCAUGUGGUGGAUAAUAAACGGGGAUCUGAUCAUGGUGCUGAUAUACGGGCAACUUUUCCGAGUGGCUCAUCGCCACUCCAAGCGCAUCGCAGCUCAGGGUGCCGCAGUGGAGUUCGCCAACCGACAGAGACCGCAACGGUGGAGCUUCGUUGCACGGACGGACAUGAAAGCCGUACGGAUGUGCCUUGCUGUUACCCUCGCCUUCAACUGUGCAUGGAUUCCCACUCUGUGCCUGGACUUUUACAAGUUCAUAAAGAAAGAGAAUGCGGCUCCUGGGGUCGAGUUUGCCGUCACCUGGUUAUCGCUGUCCAAUAGUUGGUGGAACUUUCUCAUAUACAGCUGUAUGAACAAACAGUUUCGGGAUGCCGCAAAGCAGAUUGGUGAGCGCCUCUUGGCAAAGUGUAGAUGGGGUAAGACGCGCCGCCAGACGGUAGAGCUGAGACCUCAAAAUGUGGACAACGGGCAAGCUGAAGAAAACAGCCGUCCUGGGGAUGAUAUUUCAUAUUGA